AUGUGUGAAUGCGCACGACCCAUCGAUGAUCCAGUAACAGAAGAAGAGAUCGUGAAGCAAGCCAUUGACGGUUUGGUUAUCAAGAGCAUGAUCCAGCGUGACAAGAUCGCCUCGGUCUACUCCACAACCUUGGAAUAUGGGUAUCCCAUUCCAACCCCAGCGAGAGAUCCCGAACUCGCUCGUGCACAUCGUGAGUUGGAGAAGCACUCAAUCUACUCGAGAGGACGUUUUGGGGGUUGGAAGUAUGAAGUGUCGAAUCAGGAUCACUGCUUCAUCCAAGGCAAAGAGUUCAUUGAUCGUGUGGUAUUGAACGAGCCUGAAAAGCUGUACAAGACUGGUCUUGCUGAGAGACAAGGAUGA